UAUUUGUCAAACAUUUGUUUGGCUUAGUAUUUUAUAUUUUCAAAAACAAAUCUUUAAAUAUCAUCAAAAUAUUAAGAUAAUUAUGAAAAUAAUAUACAAUACUAAGAAUUUGUCUGUCUGAAAGUGAACAGUACCAAUCGUAUUUUUUAUGUAGGACAUUUGUUUUGUAGGUUUUGGUUACCGCAUAUACCAGUGAUCUUGCUGACAAAGAGCUGGAAUUGAUGAUCGCCUCAUUAAGUGGACAUGGCAGAAAAUGACGAUUAUUUAGAUUCGCUUGAUAACAAUCACUUGGAGGGUACGAACGGUUCUCUUAAUAUGACGGACAACAGCCUUGGAGGUGGUGAUGAGGCUUCUGGUGCUGAAGUGCCAGACUUGGCUGCUAUCAAAGCUAGGGUAAGAGAGAUGGAGGAAGAAGCAGAGAAGCUCAAACAGAUGCAGACAGAAGUUGAUAAGCAAAUGAGUAUGGGGAGUCCACCAGGAUUAACAAGUCCAUUGAAUAUGUCACUGGAGGAGAAGAUAGAAGCUGACAAUAGAUCUGUGUAUGUUGGCAAUGUAGACUAUGGUGCAACAGCAGAAGAACUUGAACAACAUUUCCAUGGUUGUGGUUCUAUCAAUAGGGUUACUAUAUUAUGCAAUAAAUUUGAUGGGCAUCCAAAAGGAUUUGCAUAUAUAGAAUUUGGCGACAAAGACAGUGUACAGACAGCAAUGGCUAUGGACGACUCAUUAUUCAGGGGACGCCAGAUAAAAGUAAUGCCAAAGCGUACAAACAAACCGGGUCUAUCGUCGACAAACCGGCCACCGCGAGCGAUGCGUGGACGCGGUCGCUCUUUCCGCGGCGGUUUCUCACCGUACUACUCGGGCUAUCGGCCCGUACGUCGUGGAAGAGGUUACAGGCGCGGUAUGUACUACUCUCCAUACUGAGUGCGGUAGAGGGGCGCUCCAGCCCCCGCCGCGCGAGUCUCGUAGAGCGCUGCGUCAGGCCAGCGAGUGAGCUCCGCCCUCAGCGACGACCACUCUAGCCGCCAAUGUCUUUAUGACUGGAAACAUUUCGCUCUAUUUUUAAAACCUCGAUAAAUUAAUGUAGAUAACCUCAAAUAAUUCGCUACAGAGACUUCGUGCACUCAAGACAAUCAUAGUUUGAUUGUAUGUAUUUAAUAUUUUAAUUUGUUUAUGAUGAAUAAUGAACUGACUGUUAUAAGUAUGUGCUCGUAUUUUUUUUUUGUAAAUGAAACGUUACAAUUGGAAAUAAUAUGCCGUUAUAGUGAAUGAAAAUUGUAAGUUCUGUUAAUAUUUACUGAAUCUUGAACAUUGAGCAUAUACAAGCUGAGUCUAAGCGUCUUAGUAAAAUUUUAAUUAAACAGUAAGAUAUGUUAGUAUUAUUAAAUUCUGUAAUAUAAUAUUGAAAUGAGUCAUAAACAUUGUUGAUACGUUAAGUGUUGUAGAACACAAAGUUAUAAAAGCAAAUUGUUAUAACAUAAGUGUUAGUGUCUUUGUAUUGAGUAUGUUCCGUGAAGCUAUGCUGAUUUGGUUAUCUUUCGCUAAUUAAGAUCAUGAUUACGUUUUAUCUAUUUAAAGCUAUUCUUUCAUCAUCAUCUGCUUAAUUUUAUUAAUCUAUCUGAUUCAAUGUGAGCUCAAAGAGAAGAAAAAGACGGUGACAAAAUACUUUAAUAAUUAAAAUUUGUCUGGCUUAUAUUAAAUUUGAUAAACGAAACAGGAGAGGUAAAAGUAAAUAUUUCAGAAUCUUAGAAUUAAUAUUUUCAGUAUUGCAUUAAAAAAACGUUCCACUAAUACUACGAAAGGUUGUCGUGUGACAAUACCGUUAUACAAAUUAUAUAUUUUUAUUUAUAAACUAUAAUAACUAUUAUAUAUUGUCAUUUUCUUUCAAAUUAUUCUGGGUUAUCAUCGCUUCUGCAUAGGUGGGUCAUAAUCUAACAUUACGCUUCAUUUGAACAUAUUUAUAUACAAAAUAAACUGUACAGAUUUACAAUGUAAUUAUAGAUCACUUACUCAUAUUGUAAUAGUAGUCAAGUAAUAUUGACAGUUCUAUAUCAGUUUCGUAUAUUCACUAAAAUAAAUUCAAAUCAAAGGAAGACUUCUGUGUUGCCCAAUAAAUAAUAGAAUUUAAAUGAAGUUAUGUUUUAAUCGAAAAUGAUUAAAUUGGUUUGUAUUUUUAAUAUGUAAUGUGAUGUUGUAGUGUAAUAAGUGGCUGACAUUCUAAUAAUAUAGAGAAUAAAGCUUCUAUCCGCGACUUCAUAAGUAAAAAAAUAAAUUAUAUAUUUGAUGUGAUCUAUAAUUGUAGUCAUGACGUAAAAUUAUAUAUGGUUAAAACACGAUUGCGAAUAUAGAAAAUUGACAAUCGAUAUACAUACUGUUAUAAAGAAUAAACUUUGGAAAUAUUUGUUAACUGUAAAUACAAUGUAUGUUCCUGGUACGACUUAUAUGCGCUGUAUAAAAAUUACUUGCACAGUUUAGGGGCAGGUAUCCCUGUAUUGCCGUGGGCUUGAACGCUUUAACACGGUACGAUAACUACACAACUGGGAAUAGAAAUCGUUAUAGAUUAGAACCAGUUCAGUGCUAAAAGUUUUAAAGAACUUGUACGACUUUUAGGAAUAGGAGCAUUUCGUGCCCAACCGUAUUUAUUGCUCGAAGAUACAUACGAUCUUAAAUGUAUGUGUAUUUUUUAUAUGUUAAUACUAAUUAGGCUUUUACAAAAUAAUGUGUAAUAAUUCAUGCCUGGAACUACAUGUAUGAUUAAUUGUUUUAUCUUUUAAUUUAAAUUCAGUCGGUACAUAUACACAUCAGGCGACAUGUUAAUACAACAUCUAUCAAUGUUACAAUUAUAGUUUAUCAUAGAUAAAAUUCACAGAUUUUUUAUAUUGUAAUAAAUUCUGUCUAGAAUGUAAAAUAUAGUAAACCCCGGCUACAAAUAAAAUACUGGAAUAAA